AUGAGAAUUCAGUCCCUGUUGUUUAUCUGGGAAAGUUCGAUGAUUGAAGAUUAUACAAUUGUUUUCUUGUUUGCAGGAACAUAUAUCGAUAAGAAAUGCCCAUUCACUGGGAAUGUUUCAAUCAGGGGCCGUAUUCUAUCAGGCACCUGCCACAGUGCUAAGAUGGUGAGGACUAUUAUUGUCCGUCGAGACUACCUUCAUUAUGUCAAGAAAUAUCAGAGAUAUGAAAAGAGGCAUUCAAACAUUCCAGCACACAUAUCUCCAUGUUUCCGUGUGAAAGAAGGAGACCAUGUUACAGUCGGCCAGUGCAGGCCACUGUCAAAGACAGUGAGGUUUAAUGUGUUGAAAGUGAUCCCUACUGGAUCAUCUGGUGGAGUUGGGAAGAAGGCUUUUACAGGAAUGUGAUCUUGAGGUUUUCCAUUUCUCUCGUUGCGUUUGAUGUCGUUGAUUUAUGGCUUUUUACAUUCUACUGUAGGCUAAGGAGUUUUGCCAUUUUGGAAGGCAUUAAAGUUAUUAUUGAUAUAUCAACUUAUUUGUUUUGUUGAAAUUAAUUUCUUUGA